CUCGAGGAAGUGAUUAUGGAAGGUUGUUUUGUUCGAUGAUCUGUCCCUGUCGAGUCUUAGAAGGUAACUUCGUAUCUGAUCCGAUUUCUAAUGUCUUUCUAAAUUGAGCUGAGGUAUGGCUACGGUUUAGGAUUUGAACUUGGUCAAGGUAUAGCUCUGAUUUGUUGAAGCUCAUCAGGAACAGAAUCUCACCAGCGUCGUUCAAAUCCCUAGCCAGGGCAUCCAAUCUCAUGCCUAGCCUCUUCGAUUUCAAUCUUGAAUUCGCCGCCGGGGAACCGCGAUGUCAUUUCCUUUGUCUACCUCGCUGCUUCACCACCAACACCAUAAUAGCGCGGUCGUUCAUUUUUUGUUAGAAUGGUCUCUCCUCCCUUCGCCUUAACUAAACAUUACUAGUAAGAAUAGAGAGACUACAUGCAAAUAAGAAAUUGGUCAGAAUCUAUCCAACAUCAGACUUAUUUUAACAUGAUGCUCGUCAUUGGUGUCAGUUCUUUCAGAAGGAGUGGAUUUUACUUUUUAUUCCAUUUUUCGUUUGUUCCAGGAAAGGAUAGAGGGCGAAGUAAGAUUGAGAGAGUCAUGAGGGAGAUGGAGCAUGGAUUUGGUUUGGAUCACUUUUCAGAAGAGAGGAGAGCGAGAGACAAAGUGGGAUGAGAGGGGAUAUGGAAAAAAAGAGACAAAGACUCGAGAUUUAACGUGGUUCAGCCUCUCAGAGAGACUUUACUACACGAUGGUAACAGUGCUUUUUGUUUCUUAUUAUUCAGCUGCUAUAACCCAAAAUUAGGGAUAUAUAGCAGGUAUGCACAGCGCUAACCACUUAGGCGUGUGCACCACAAACCGCCCAGUCCGCAUAAUAUACAUAUAUAGAAAACAAUCCCUUACUUUCACCAUAUUUACAAAUUACAUUUCAAUACCCCCCUCAAACUUAUGGUGCUUGACGCAACAUAAGUUUGUGUGAAAGAAACCAAUGUUGGCUGGGUCGAGACAGCUUUAGUAAGGAGAUCUGCAGGCUGUUCGUUUGUGGUCAAGUACUAGAGCUGAAGCCAUCCAGUAAACAUUACUUGAUGUAUGCAUGCAGUGAUUCAGAAGGGCACUUUUGCUCGGUACGAUUACGGUAUAUUCAAACACUACAAGUUGUACGGGCAGACGACUCCGCCGGUAUUCGAUCUGGGGCGCAUACCGGAUUCCUUCCCGCUGUGGAUGGGGUACGGUGGUCAGGAUUGUCUGGCCGACCCGGCCGACUUCAACCACACGCUGAGGGAGUUGCGCGACCAGGCCAAGCUGCAGUACGUCGACCGCUACGGCCAUGACGACUUCCUCUACGACAUUCGAGCCAAAGAAGAUGUCUACGACGACUUGAUUGGGGUUUUCAAGUCUAUAAUGGGCCGACAAUCUGCCACUGCUUAGCCCUACCCAUGAUACACGAACCGGGCCGGACCGGGCCUGAUCGGCGGGCUUAAUCACUGCCAAGGGCCUAUCAAGCUGACAACUUUGGUUGUAUGAACAUGAGCACAAAAUGUAAAUAGAAAAUAUGCAUCAAUAAGGAAGCAAGCUCUAGCUUGUUUCGGUCACAUAACACCAUGUUUGUGGCCCAAAUGUUAGUAUGUACGGAAACCAGUGCCCAUUAAAAAAAAUGUGCCGAAGUU